AUGAACACCGAAUUUCUACCUAAAAUGAUUGAUGCACCUCUUGAUUUGGUUUGCUAAGCGCAUAAAAAUAAACCAGAAAAGGUUAUAAUGGAUCAAAAUACAAACCUUAAUUCGAGAUUAGCCUGCAAUAUGUGUGAGUUAGAAUAACAAAAUGCUAAUGUUGAGGAUUAUUAAGCAGUAGUUGAAGCUUUGCAAAACGAAAAGAUAAAGAGAUGUGAAAACAGAAAUAAAUUGUUGGUUGAAAGUUUAGAAUAGGCAGAAAACUUAGAAAAGAAUGUUGAUAGUGUUAUGGAAAAAAUAAAUGAUUAUUUUGAAUCAAUUAAAAACAAUGUGAAGAAAUUAACAGCUUCUUUAAAAGAUUAAAAAAAAUAAAACUUAGAGUACAGUUUCUUUGAAGAACUGGAAAUCUAUAUUAAAAAAAAAGAUUAAUCAACAGAGGAAAACGAUAUUGUAAAGAAAAUCAGAUAACAAAUAAUCAAUUCAUUUGGAAAUUUGAAAAGAAAAUUGGAAACAUUUCCUUCAAACCUAGAGAAAAUGUCAGAAAAUGUCUUAAAGAAAACUCAAGAAUUUUAUAGAAGGAAUUAUGAGGAAAUAAAUAAACCUUUAAAUUUAGAGUUGAGUGACACUUAAAAACAAAGAGAUCCUUGCUAUGCUUUAACCUUUUCUUAAGAAUUGCUUUUUACUGGAUGUGGAAAACAAAUUAAAGUUUGGAUCUUCAAUUAGGGAAAAAUGUAAGAGCAUACAAAACUUAAUGGCCAUGCAUUAUCUGUAACACGAAUUGUGACUAGUAACAAAGUUAAGAACAGUUUUAUAUCUGCAGCAGAAUGCGGAUCCCUAAUAAUUUGGAAGUAAAAGAAUGAAAAGGAAUGGGAAUCCUUAAAAAAACCAUCAUAUUGGACUAAUUGCAUAGUUUUAAAUAAAGAGGAAACAGAAUUGAUUUUAGCUGGUGCUAAUUGCGAAAUUGAUUUUUGGAGUGUGGAUUUCAAUAAAAAUUAAAUAACCUAUAAUUAUUCAUUGGAGAACAAUCAUUAAAAUACAAUAUUUGAUGUAACCUUAAAUUCAAAAGAAACAAGAAUGGUAACUUGUGGGGCGGACAAUAAAAUUCUAAUUUGGACAAAGGAUGACUAAACUCAAAAAUGGAAAUUUAUUCAAGAAAUUAAUUAAUAAACUUAUGGAACAAAAGUUGCUUUUAUUUCUGAUGACUAGUUUGUUUGGAUGGGCUGCGAUUAAAAAGCUAACGAUUAGAUGUUUUUCUAUAAAUCAUAAAGAGAUGGCAAGUUUGAAAAUAAUAAUAAGAAAACCUUCUAAUUGGAAAUUGAUGAAGAAUAUGUUGAUUAUCAUCUGAAUCCCAUCAGCUAUAAUUAAUAAAAGAAAGUAUAUCUGUUGAGAUUCAAGCGACAUAUUUAUAUUAUCAAGAUCACUGAUGCUGAUGUAACAAUUGUUACAAAAUAAAAAUAUGAGACAAACUUGUGUUUUGCAACAUUAUCUAAUGAUGGCAAAUACUUGAUAGCAUAUGUUGAAGAUCUCAAGAAAUAUCAAAUACACGAAAUCAAAUGGUGAUGAAUAUUUAUCACAUUCCAAAU